GUGUCGCUGCAUGAAACAAAUUUCUGAAUGUUCAGAGCAUCAGAAACGCCACUUCGACUUCGUACCCUUCCAAAGCCACGCGUCCAACUCACGCAGGAACUUUCAGCUCGCACUUACUCCAUCUUGAUGCGCUGAAGUGCGUACGCUUUACAAAAGUUCUCGCACCUCCGAAACCUCCUUUUACGAUCUUGCCCUUGGCCUUUUCGCGUCUCCAUCUAUAUCCUGCCGCUACCUUCAACCUCCCGAAUACUCUGAGAGUUGCUAAACCGAGAGUCCUCUUCACCUAUGGCGGUGCUUCGUAACGUUGGUGUUCUCGUCUUUCUUGCCCUUUUCCAUGCUGUACACGUCGCCAACUCGCAAUCAUUCAUCGGCGUGAACUAUGGGCAAGUCGCCGACAACCUCCCGCCACCUUCAGCCACCGCGAAGCUUCUCCAAUCCACCUCAAUACAAAAGGUCCGACUGUACGGAUCCGACCCUGCCAUAAUCAAAGCACUGGCGAACACCGGGAUCGGAAUCGUCAUCGGCGCUUCCAACGGCGACAUCUCGACCCUAGCCUCCGACCCGAACUUCGCCAGGAACUGGAUCAACUCCAACGUGAUCCCCUUCUACCCAGCGAGCAAGAUCAUCCUCAUCACCGUCGGCAACGAGGUCAUGACCUUCGGCGAUCGGGGCCUCAUGGAGCAGCUCCUGCCGGCGAUGCAGAACCUGCAGAACGCCCUCAACGGCGCGUCGUUGGGCGGGAAGAUCAAGGUCUCGACGGUUCACUCCAUGGCGGUGCUCAAGCGAUCGGAGCCUCCGUCUUCCGGAAGCUUCGACCCGAGUGUAAGCGACCUGCUGAAGGGGCUCUUGGCCUUCAACAAAGCCACCGGGUCGCCUUUCACGAUCAAUCCGUACCCGUACUUCGCAUACCGGGGCGACCCGCGGCCGGAAACCUUGGCCUUUUGUCUUUUCCAGCCGAAUUCGGGGCGGUUCGACCCAAACACGAAGAUCAAGUACACAAAUAUGUUCGAUGCUCAGGUCGACGCGGUUCGGUCGGCGUUGAACUCUAUGGGCUUCAAGGACGUCGAGAUUGUGGUGGCGGAGACUGGUUGGCCGUACAAAGGAGACGGUAACGAGGUGGGUGCCAGCGUUGAAAAUGCUAAGGCUUAUAACGGUAACUUGAUUGCCCACCUAAGGUCCAAGGUGGGGACCCCAUUGAUGCGGGGGACGUCGGUGGAUACGUAUCUGUUUGCGCUGUACGAUGAGGACCUGAAACCUGGGCCUGCUUCUGAGCGAGCUUUCGGCCUCUUCAAGCCUGAUCUAACCAUGACCUAUGAUGUUGGGCUCUCCAAGAGUAGCCAGACUCCAUCGGCAUCUACGCCAAAAACUCCAGUUACUCCAUCACCAACUCCAGUUACUCCUUCACCAAAGCCGAAGAAAGCAGCGUGGUGCGUGCCAAAGGGAGGAGUAUCAGAUGCCCAAUUGCAGACAAACUUGGAUUAUGCUUGUGGACAGAUCGGGAUGGAUUGUGGUCCAAUCCAACCAGGCGGGGCUUGCUUUGAACCUAACACGAUCGCAUCUCAUGCUGCUUAUGCCAUGAAUCUCCUCUACCAAACUGCCGGUCGGAAUCCAUGGAACUGUGAUUUCUCACAGACGGCCACACUCUCAUCCAACAACCCCAGCUAUAACAACUGCGUUUACCCCGGUGAGAGUACCUGAGAAGUGGACUAGUUUCUACGUUAUCAAACGAAUAAAGGAUUCUCACUUGAAAUGAAGAGGGAAUUUGUACGAGUCAGCAGGAAUUCGAAAUCUCUCUCUAAUGCUUGUGAAGAAAUGUUUAUAUAUAUGAAUUAGGAAACGCUCUCUAAGUGUAAAUGUUUAAUAGUGCUUGUAGUUGGUAAUAGACUUGUAUUUCUUUGAAUUCUUCUUUGUGAAUCGGAGAUUUUACUAUAUAAUAUAGGUCUUUUAUAAA